AUGUUCAUCACAUAUCGACAACAAUUAACUGGUUUCAACAGAAAUGGUUUGGAGAAAUGCGGCCUGGGUCAACAUCCUCGUUCAGUGGAAAGUGAUAAUCUGAGACACCAAAAUGAAAGAAAGGAUUGCGGUAGCCCCUGCUCUGCCGUGCAUUAUUGCACUACCCCAGUUCAACAAGUAAAGCAGUUACACUUAUCAUUUGGAGAGUGCUGCUACGCGGAUGGGCUGAUCUUCACCACCUCACUGCCGCCACUGGUGCUAGCAGUGGUGCGAGCCAGUGUAGCCAUCCUCAAGUCGGCAAAGGGGCGUGACUUGCGUGCGGAGCAGCGGCGCUGCGCGAGCCUCGUGUUGCGUCGGCUGCAGGAGGUGGAUUUGUCUGUGGUUAACAUAUGCUUGCACAUUUUCACCUUCGUGGGCAAUGCCGAGGUGUGUACCAGCAUCUCAGGGGCAUUGCUAUUCAAUCACCAAAUCUACCUACAGUCCAUAAACUACCCUACAGUGGCCAAGGGCAGUGAACUCCUAUGCCUUACACCGUCCUCCUCCACACCGACGCAAUGA